ACUCGUUUUCAAUUUUGCGUGCUUCCUGUAUAUAAAGACUGGGCUCGCCUGUGUUCAGUACAUCGGGAAGCGCUGUCAGAGCGCGAUGACUCGAACAGAUGAUUUCUAUUCAGUCUAACGCUAGAGCUCUGUGUGUUUUCUUUCUUUUACACGCUGUGUUUUCAUGAAACUGCUGCGCUAGCACUGAUCCAAUAUGGCGUUUGUUUUAAAAUGAUGCUAGUUUGUCCCAUUUGUAUAACGUUAACGGUCUUUACUCCAUAAAGCGGAGUUAUAAUUGAGAAUAAAUGGAGGAGGAAGAGAGAGAUGUGGAGGAUGCUCUUCAGUCUGAAGAGAGAGAGGAUGCACAGCCUGAACACACAGGAGAUGGACUGCAACAUGACAAAAACUCAAAAGCUGAAGAAAAUGCAGAUGUACAAGAGCUUCCACCGGUCAUCCCAGCCUCAGAGACUGUAGCAGCCAAUCAGAAGCCUUCCACAGUCCCGACGCCGAUGGACAACUUAAUUAUACUUGACCAAAACGGACAUCCCAUUCAAUAUGAUCGGGUGGUGAUUGUGACAGGGGCGAAUGGACCAUUAUAUGGUGUCCCAUCUGUGUCUGUGGGGGCCGCUCAGAUGUUACUACCUCAUGGUCAGCUGUUGAAUGUCGCAAAGUCAUCAGGUGUCUUUGUGGAAAAAAGACAGCAGACAAUCAUCACAUCCAUAAAAGACAGCGAUGGCACUCACAGUUUAGCUGCAGUGGCAGCUCAGAAUGUCACUGAUAUUAAAAUUCAGAGGAAAAGUCCUCCUGAUGUAUUUGAGCCUCCAGUGAAGCCACUUCCACCAGGGGCACCAAACUGGGCUCUGAGACUGCGCCGGUGUGAGAAGAUCGGUGACUCGUACCGUGGUUACUGUAACACAGAGGCAGAGCUGGAAGCUAUUCUGCUUCUACACAAGCAGCAGACCCACACCGUGUUUGGCACCCGUCAGUCACCCUCACCGGCUAAACCUGCCAGCAGACUCAUGUGGAAAUCACAGUAUGUGCCAUACGAUGGCAUUCCCUUUGUUAAUGCAGGAAGCAGAGCCAUUGUGAUGGAAUGCCAGUUUGGUCCACGGAGGAAGGGCGUUCAACCUAAAAAAGGGUCUGAACAAGAAACAAACCAAAACAUCCUCUACAAAGCAACCUGCCCUGCCAGAAUAUAUAUCAAAAAAGUAAAAAAAUUCUUGGAGUACAAGGUUCCAACAGAUCCCAAAGUGGACAAGAAGGUAGUGCGGCAAGAGCAGGAGAAAGCCUUCUUCAACCUCAAGAAGACUUUAUGGGAUGUUGGAGGCGUUGUAAGGUAUUACAUCCAGCUCCCCACAGAGAAAGCCCACCUGUACCACGACGUGGACACUGCAAACCUGCCUCCACUUCCAGAGCAGAUCUGCUUCGCAGAGGAACAACAAAAUGAAGAGGAAGACACAGAGGAGCUGGAUGUCCUGAUGGAAGAUGGGACACCCCUACCCUCUCGACUGCACCCACUCGUAGCAGAGAAGAUCUGUGAGCUGGUGGCACAAGGUCAUAAUGAGGUUUACACUGUCCGCAAGCAGCUCAGGAGGUUUGUGGAACGUGACAUGUUCAAAUCGGAGGAAGUGCCUGAGAGACACAAUCUGUGUUACUUUCCCACUGUCAUUGACAUCAAGAACCAUAUCCACGAGGCUCAGAAAGCUCUUCAGAUGGGACCACUGGCUACCUCAGACACAGAAUGGAAAGCAGAGGCUAAUAACUUGCUUCCGGAGACUUUGACCUUGGCCUUGACUCCUGCUACUGUGGGCGUAUCCUCUCAGAAGGAAGGGCUCCUGGAAGGAAGUGACACUCUUUCUCCAGAAGCUGUGCAGCUCUUCAGCUCUCUCACAUCACUGCAGCCCAAGAUCUUUGCACAUCUCCAGGCAAUCCAGCUACAGUCUGUCUUGUGUCCAGUGGAAGAAACGGUUCAACCUACAACAGCACCACCAGAAGCUCAAGAGCUGUCCAGCCCUGCGCCCCCACAGCCUGUCCUGCUGAGUCCGUCCCACUUCCUGCAGUCGGGUCCCAGUGCUGGUGAAAGCGUAGCUGCGUGUGACAGCAUGAGUCAGCUGGUGAACGUGGCCUCGGCCGAUGAAGGUGGCAUCACACAAAUCCUGUUAGAGGACAGACAGGCCAUUCCUGUCCAGGCUGUGGACCCUGCAAGCAUAACUUCGACUCCCUCAGCGGACGAAACUCCAGUAAAAUAGGACGGUGGAUGUGUCAAUGGAUGUGUCAGCACAUUCAGAGGCUGGAAGUACAACUAUGGGAAAAGAAAACAACAUUCUGAGCUCUUUGAUCACUGGAGGAUUCAUUCAUUGUAUCAUAUACAGUAUUAUGUGAACAUGGACUUGUAUGCAAUAUUGAUAUGUAGUAUUAUUAUUUUUUUAAUUUCCCAUUAUUGCCAUUUUAAUUUAUUAUGAUGACAGCAAGAGAAAAAAAGCAAUUUCUCAUUAAAAGGCUAACUGAAUAAAUGAGACCAGAAUUAAA